GAAAUGUGUCGUUUUAGAAGAUAAACGGAGCAUCAACUAUAGUAGAUUCGGUCGCGCAGCCACCGAUUGUGUUGUUUCACACAAUUCAAGACAAUCGAUGUCAAGUAACAAACAGUCGUAUUCUUGAGCUCAUCAUCAGCGCACGUCAAUCACGCUGCCAAUUGGAACAUAAUUUUUUUUUUCGGUACCUCUAUCCUGUCUUAAUAAUAAGAACAUUCGUCGUCUUGAGGCUUUUUUUCUCACUCAUUCAACAAAACGACAGAGAGAGAUCGAUGCGAUAAAAUUGCGAUCGAUCCAUCCAGUGAAGACGACAUCGAAGAGGACAUUUUUAUUUGGAAUCCCCAGCCAAUCAACAAGCAAUAAAUAACGAACAAUUUCUAAUCAGUGAGAUAAGGGCAAACUUCCAACGUGACCGUGAUUCAAAUUCGUUGAUUUAUUCUCAAAGAAGCAUCAAAAGACUGAACGUGCGUACAGGUGAUAAAAAUACAUCAAAACUAUAUAGAAACAACAACAACAACAACAACAACAAAGAAUAAUACAAGAUGAACCACAUGUCAACGCAACAAUCAUCACCUACACCGCCGAAUUUAACACAGCAAUUUUGCCUUAGAUGGCACAAUCAUCAGACGAGUUUGUUAACAUCUUUACCGCUGCUGUUGGAUCAAUCACACUUAACGGAUGUCACUUUAUCGGCCGAAGGGAGAACAGUUCGAGCACAUCGUGUUGUUUUGAGUGCAUGCAGCUCAUUUUUCUCGGAAUUAUUUCGAACAUUGGAUGCUCCAUUUCAUCCGGUGAUCGUGAUUCCCGGGGCGACAUUUGGCUCAAUUGUCGCUUUGUUGACUUUUAUGUAUUCGGGCGAGGUGAAUGUUUUCGAAGAACAAAUCUCUACUUUGUUAUCGCUGGCCGAAACUUUGGGCAUCAAAGGACUAGCCGAUAUUAAUGGGAAAAAUCAAUCGGCAGAUAAUGAAUCAGGCACAAAACCAUUGCAAAGUCCACCGCCGGCGGCUGUUUCACCUGCUUCGCCAUCACCACCACCAGUUGUAAACUCUUCAAUGGUGAACUCACCGACAAAAUUCUCAUUGCCGCUGGAAAGUAUGUUGGCAAAAACCUUUCUAUGCCCAUCAAUGUUGACAAAUCCAUUAAAUCUGUCACCAACGGCAAUAAGCCGAGGUGCCGAGCUUUUUUCACGCUAUCAAAAUCAAUGCCGUCUAAAUCAAAUGGAGCAAAAAAACCAAGACUCAAUGCCAUUCGAUGAAAAUGGUAAUUCGAAAACAUUUUUGAAUAUCGAAACAAAAGGAAGAAAAUCAAAGUUGACAGACACCCGUAAAAUUGAUAAAAUCGCUGAAAAUUUGAGAUCAUCGUCAAAAGAUCGAACGCUAAUUGUUGAGCAGCAUGAUCAUUUGAAUAAACUUCCGUUGGUACCACAGAAUCUAACGAUACCGAUGCCGUUGGAUAUGAAGACGGUUGCCAGUUUUAAUGUAAUACCAAACCGUUUUGGAACAAUGCCACUUGGCAAUAGUGAUGAUAUGAAAGCAACAAAAGAUUGUCUAAAUAGUUUGGGUGCUGGCUCAAGCUCAUCUUUGAACGAUGUUAAUAUUACAUCGGAUACAGCGCUGAAAAAGAGUUUGGCACCACCACCAACAACAACAACGGCCGCAUGUACACCAUUGAAUCCAAAACAAGCCAAUUCCAAAUUAUACGCAACAUGUUUUAUAUGUCACAAGCAAUUGAGCAAUCAGUACAAUUUACGCGUUCAUCUUGAAACUCAUCAGAAUGUCAGAUAUGCAUGCAGUGUUUGUUCGCAUGUGUCACGUAGCAAGGAUGCUCUACGGAAGCAUGUAAGUUAUCGUCAUCCAGGAGCUCCAAGCCCAUGUGAUGAAUCGAAACGCAAACGUGCCCGAAACUCCAUAUCUGUGGCAAUGAUGCAAUCUCAAAUGCAACAACAACAGCAGCAGCAACAACAACAACAGCAGCAGCAGCAGCAGCAGCAGCAGCAGCAACAACAACAGAAAGAUGCUUUGAUAUCAUCACCAUCAUCGUCGUCGUCGUCAUUGGUUUCAUCUCCGGUGGUUAUAAAAAAUGAGAUUGUCAACGAUUUGAGCAUGGCAUCGACUGCACAAAAGAUGAAUGAACAAUCGUCGUCUCCAUUUUCGCAUCAACAGAUGCUCAUGUCUAGCGAGGCGAACAAUUUAACUGGAUCUCCGUCAACUUCUUCCACCGUACAAACACCGUCCACAACAGCGUCAAGCUGCUUUUUAAUGCGUUCGAACAUUGACACCGGACCCACAAAACGCAUCUGAAUUUAUGAAGCUCCUGUUGACUGCAUUGUUUAAUUUAAUCAAAGAAGAAAGAAAUAAUCACCGAUUCUGACAUAAAUGGUGAUUGAUAUGCACACAGCACAAAACACACUUUAACAUACACACACACAAAUUCAAAACCUCAAACCGAACAACCAAACCACAAUAAUAAACAAAGCAACUUAUUCGAUUCGUAUCGAUCAACUCAAUCGAAUCCAUGAAAACAAAAAUAUAUUUUUUGUUUGAAUACAAAUGUAUUUCUCUUUUAAAGUACUAAUCAUGCACUAAUAAACAAGAAAAAUAUUAAGUCGCAUUUAAUAUUGGAAACAAACAAACAAAAGCGCUGACCGAUUGAGAUUGCAUGGCGAUGGGCCGCGAAACAGAAGCACCAAUACAAAACACGAAACAACCGUGCACCAAUACGUGUAUGAUGACAUCAAUUGAAAAGACAAAAAAUGUAUUUAAGUAAAAUUCGGUUUAAUUUUAAUGCACACCACCUCAACUAUGAUGAUUACCAUUUCAAUGACUAAACCAUUAAUUUAUUGAUUUUUGUUUCUCGUUAAGUAUAGAAAAUUCAAUCUAGACAAUUUUUAUUUUUGUAGAUUUCCUUGUAUCACCUCUUUCGAACAAUUUUCCUUUCCUUUUUUUUCUUUCCCACCUUUAAAUCCAAUUCAUAUGGCAACACUCAAAAUUCACAAUGGAAAUCUAUACUGAGAGAGUAGAUUUGAUUUUAAAUUUAGCUUUAUGUUAAUGAGAUAUUAAGUUUUCCUUUUUUUUUUUAAAUGUAGAUAAUCCUCCCUAGCUGUGAUAGAAAUUAUAACACUGGUUUUCGUAUUUUUUUUCUCUUUCUUUCUCUUAAUAUUUUAGAAUAUAAUUUGAAAACUUUGCAGGACAAGCCACUUAAUCGCACAAUUUAUUUAAUGAUACAUACUAUGAAAUUUAAACAAUUUUAUUUGAACUUGUACGGAAAUUAUACACAAAUGUGAAGAAGAAGAAAAAAAUAAACAAAACAAUUCUGAUUCACUUA